AGGGGGAUGGAAUAGCCUAUCCCCCAGAUCAGUGCAGCGCUGCUUGUUUUCCUGGCCUUGUUGAGCUUUGCUGAUGGUGGGAGGCUGCUUGUGGUGCCGAUGGAUGGAAGUCACUGGCUCAGCAUGCGUGCCGUGCUGGACGAGCUGAGGCACAAAGGGCAUGAGAUAGUCAUUGUUGCCCCUGAAAUAAACGUACAUGUAAAAGCAUCCGAGAAUUAUGUCAUGAAAACGUAUCCGGUACCUUUCACAAAGGCAGAGCUGGAGGGACAUUUUCUGGCUUUUACUGAAGAGGUUUUUGAGGAACGACCUUUUCUGGAAAGAUUUGUUCGAUUACGUGAAAGGCUGAAGAACACCUCCACUCUGUUUUUAUCCACUUGUACACAUUUACUGUACAACAAAGAGUUGAUCCGAUAUCUAGAAGGGAGCAAAUUUGAUGCUGUCUUUACAGAUCCCAUGAUGCCCUGUGGACAGAUCAUAGCUGAGUAUCUUUCUAUCCCCUCUGUGUUUUUCUUGCGUGGAAUUCCAUGUGGUUUAGACUAUAAGGCUAUUCAGUGUCCAAACCCACCUUCUUAUGUCCCAAGGCUAUUGACAACCAAUACAGACCACAUGACAUUUCCACAGCGUGUGAAGAAUCUGUUAUUCAGCUUAUCGGAGAUUCUCCUUUGUGAUUUUGUUUACGCGCCAUAUACAAAACUGGCCUCUGAAUUUCUUCAGAGAGAGAUAACAGUGACUGAGCUUUUAAGUCAUGGAUCUGUUUGGCUGAUGAGAUUUGACUUUGUGAUUGACUAUCCCAGACCACUGAUGCCUAACAUUGUUAUAAUCGGAGGCAUCAACUGCGCUCAGAAGGAAUUAUCUCAGGUUGGUAAAGCUUUUAUUUUUGUUGUACUCAUGGUAGGAUCCUGA